UCUUCACUGCAGCUGACAUUCAUUCUAAUUAAACCCCACUUUCAAUCAAACAAAAACAAUCUCUGAUCAUCGAUCAUUUCAAUGGCGAUCCCAGUUAUUGACUUCUCCAAGCUCCAUGGAGACGAGAACGAGAGGGCACAGACCAUGGCUCUCAUUGCCCAGUGCUGCCAGGACUGGGGAUUCUUUCAGUUAGUGAACCAUGGCAUUUCGGAGGAGCUUCUGGAGAGGGUGAAGAGGGUUUGCUCUGAGUGCUACAAGCUCGAGAGAGAAGAAGGUUUCAAGAAGUCGGAGCCGGUGAAGAUGCUCGCCGAUUUGGUGGAGAGGAAGAAGAAGAAGAAGACCACCGGCGAGAGGCUGGAGAAUGUCGAUUGGGAAGAUGUCUUCCUUCUCGCAGACGCUAACGAGUGGCCAUCAAACACACCUGACUUCAAGGAAACAAUGGCGGAAUACAGAGCUGAGCUGAAGAAGCUGGCGGACAAGGUGAUGGAAGUGAUGGACGAGAACUUGGGGCUGCCCAAGGGCUACAUCAAGAAGGCAUUCAACGGCGGCGCCCAAGAUGGCGAAACCGCCUUCUUCGGGACCAAGGUCAGCCACUACCCGCCGUGCCCCCGCCCUGAGCUGGUGGCCGGACUCCGAGCCCACACCGACGCUGGCGGCGUCAUCCUGCUCUUCCAAGACGACCAAGUGGGCGGCCUACAAAUCCUCAAAGACGGGCAAUGGAUCGACGUCCAGCCGCUCCCCAACUCCAUUGUCAUCAACACCGGCGACCAGAUUGAAGUGUUGAGCAAUGGCAGAUACAAGAGUGUUUGGCACCGGGUUUUAGCCACCCCGGAUGGGAAUAGGAGAUCCAUUGCCUCCUUCUACAACCCUUCAAUGGCUGCCACCAUAGCUCCUGCUCCACAGCUUGUGGAGAAGGUGAACCAUGAAGAUGAAGAAGAAGCUGAUUAUGAUCAAAUUCAAGCCGCCUAUCCCAAGUUUGUGUUUGGUGAUUACAUGUCAGUUUAUGCUGAGCAAAAGUUUCUUCCCAAGGAGCCAAGGUUCCAAGCUGUGAAGGCCAUUUGAUGUGAAUCAACAAGAUUGAUUGAUUGAUUCGUCUUCACCAAGAGGAAGUGAUAUGUUGUUCAUGUUUUCCUUUUAUGUUAGGGUAUAUCAGCCGUUGCUUGUCAUUCUCUAGCUAAGGAUAUACAGAAAGAUAUUAAGUACGAUUGUUCCUGUUAAAUAUGGUGGCUUUGUUUGUCUUGUAUGUAAUAUUUAUUGCCUGUUUGAUCUCCUGUGGUUUUAUGUAGAUUUGCAUAAUAUAUGGGUAAAUUUCCCCCAUAACCCUUGCGGGUUUUUCCAAACGUC